ACAUGAAACAAAAGCAACCCAAUAAAUACAAUAUCUCCUUCGAAAUAUCGUCAUGAUAGACGCAGCGAAGGGUUAUCUCAAGCGGGAAACAUUCAGUACUUGGGCAUACGCAUGGUCGAUUGUUCAUUUGCUAUAUGGUCUGGCAUUUACAGGUUUUGUUAUUGCUUCGAGAGAAGGGGAGGCUGAGAGGUUUACUUGUCGUGUGGCGUCUGAAAGUUCAGCGGCCUACAAGAUGCAAGUCGAUAAAUCAUGUUACUCAAGAUAUCAACAAGAAUACAAUUCUCCACUUUCAUUAUCUUGGUUUGUAAUGCUGAGUAUUUGGUUCCCGAUUAUUGUGGCUGUUGGCUACUCUCUCGCUGUGCGAAGUCGGAUUGUGGACUUUGAUUUACAGAGUUUAAAUACCAGACAAACUGGAACACUAAAUGCACGCGAAGCAGCGAUCCCGGAGAAUCAGGUACACAACAAACUUAAUGUUUUUUACUGCUACUUUUCUCACCUAGCCAUCCGUUUUCUCACCGGAAUGCUAUUUACCAUCCUACAAUAUGCAGUGUUCUUUCCAAAUGGUUUUGACUUCGAGUACAACUGCACUUUCCCGCCAAGUCCUUUCAAUGCCAGCACACCCAUUACAUGCGAGAAUCCGAGUGCACCUCAAAAGAAAUUAUUAUCAUUCUUCGUUUCUGUAUUAAAUACAGGUUUUGCGUUAACAAUGCUUGUAGAAAUGGUCCGCGUAUUACAGCGGCUACCCAACUGCAAAUGUAGAGUUGAUUGGGGUGCUGAUAUUCAUUUCAUUACGGCCUUUCUGUUGGGACAGCUAAAAUCGCCUAAACCAAAAUGCUUGGAGGAAUGCGUAGAAUUUUAUAAAAGACAAGUUCUGCAGCCCGCCUUAGAUAUGUUGUAUAUAAACCUUGUUAUUCACACUGAACGAGCACCCCACAAGUUUUCAAGAGACAUGAGACGUCAGGAAACGCUUAAUGUUUAUAUGAAAGUCCCUCAUUAUUCCAUAUGUCUAGAAAAGGCAAGUGAUUUAUUUUCUCCCAACAAAGAUACAAGGGGAAUGAUUCCUCGCACAAUCCUGGUUGUCGGUCGUCCUGGUAUAGGAAAAACUGUUCUGACUGAAAAAAUUAUACAUGAUUGGGCUAGUGGAAUUGACGAUUAUAGCGGCAAGAUUGCCUUCUUUUUAAAAUUUAGAUGGUUUGAUUUGAAGGAACUAAAAAACCUAACUCUUAAGACUUUUCUUCGUCUUGGGACAGGACUUACCGAUGAAAAAUUUGAAAAAAUAUAUGAACAUAUCACAAAAGAUCCAGAAAAGGCUAUUUUUGUUUUUGAUGGCUUGGAUGAAUUUGCCAGUGGCAUUGAAUGCUUAGAUAGUUUACAACCUCCAAAUGAUCCUGAUAUUUGCAUGUCUGCAUUUUCCCUGUUUAUUAAACUAAUUUCUGGGAACUUGUUGCAUGGGGCAACCGUUCUCGUAACGAGUCGCCCAACUGCAAGUGAGCUUUUCUCCAGGUUCAAAUUUGAUAGAACUGUUGAGAUCAUUGGUUUCACCCCAGAAAAAAUUGAAGAAUAUAUCAAACGAUUUUGUGACAUUCAAAACACAGGCGAUCUAAAUCCGGAUGAAAUGAAACAAAAGAUAUGGAGCCACAUAAAAUCCACGUCAGACUUGUUAAGUUUAUGUUACAUACCUGCAAAUUGCUUAAUCGUCUCUUCGAUCCUGCUUGAAUGUUUCACUGUCCCUCAGAGUGAAACAAGUGUUCUUCCAAAAACACUAACUGAACUUUAUCAGGCAGCCAUUAUCUAUUUGGGUAAGCAUCACUGUAGAAAAUUAGAUGGUCAGUCUUCUGAGAAAGCAAUGGGUAAACUUCAAUUAUUAGCAUACAAUGGAAUUGUGCAUGGGCAACUAGUUUUCGAGAGGGAAGCAGUUGAUCAACAUAUGGAACAUUCUGGGUUGUUGAACAGUUUAUAUAAUCCUAUUCACCCAAUCGAAGAGCAAUUUUGUUUCAUUCAUUUGACUAUCCAAGAAUUUCUUGCUGCGAUGCAUGUGAUUAAGGUAUUCACCCCCGAAGAAGUAAAGAGCUUUAUUAUUUCUCAUAUUGAAUUUGGUAAAUGGCAGUUGGUACUUCAAUUUAUUGCUGGCAUUUUGGGUAGGAAAAUGAAAAUGUGUGAAAGUAAUCUUUACAAAGAUUGUGUUUUGGCCUUUUCGAAAAGCAUCGUUGUUGAUGAUGGCGAAGUGAACCUUAAACAAUCAUUGUUUGCUAUAAAAUGUUUAAGGGAGUUAGCUGAUGAAGACAUUCUUGAAGAGGUCUGUGAAACAAGUCCUCUGAAUGACAUUGUGAGUCUAAAAAUUCCACAAUCCCCAAAUAUAUCAUCAAACGACUGUUCAGCUGUGACUUAUGUAUGGAAGCACAUAAAGAAAUCAGUCAAAAUAGACUUGGGUCUCACGUUUUUGAGCGAGGAAUGUUAUCUUGAACUUACGAAAUUGCUACAGCAAAAAUGCAUAGAGCAACUUGUGCUAAAAGGCAGAGCAUUCAGCCACCAUUUGGCAACGGAGAAACUUGUUAAAGCAGUAAUGAACUCGAAGUGCACAAUAAGGCACAAACAUACUCUGCUUACAAAGUUGAAACUUGAACGUGUGCGUAUAAACAACGAAGGUCUGUUAAUCAUCUGCGAGUUAUUUAAAAACAGAUACGCAAAUUCUCUUGAAAAACUACACCUAUCGAGUGCAAAAAUAAAUUCAUAUGGAAUAUCCGUGCUUUGUAAGGUCCUGGACAGCACGCUUUGCCCAGAACUCAGAUGCCUUGAUUUGAAUGGGAAUGAAAUACUUGAUGAAGGUGUAAGAGUUUUGUGCAAUGCUCUGAUUCGUCAUAGGUUGUUCAGGCUUACUGAGCUGAACCUUGGCGGGUGUUCGUUGACUGAUGGAUGUAUACUCUCACUGUGUGGACUACUAGGAGACGAACGUUGCAACCUGGCUGUUUUGUCGCUCGCUUAUAAUAAGAAUAUAACUGAUCAGGGCUUGCUUGUGUUGUGCCAAAAAGCUUUGGCAGAAAAGCAUUGCAAGCUCACAAACUUGGACUUGUCAGGAUGUUCACUGACAUACCGAUGCGUACCCGAGCUUUGCAGAACUUUGCAAGAUAAGCAUUGUAAAUUGGCUGUUUUGUCACUCGCGCAUAAUAAAGGGGUCGGUCGGGAAGGUUUACGUUUGCUGUGUGAAUAUGCUUUAACAAGAGAUCAUUGUAAACUUGUGAAGUUGAACCUGGCUCGGUGCUCGAUAGCAGAUCAAUGUAUACCAGAGCUAUGUCAGGCAUUACAGGAUGAGCAGUGCAAACUUACUGAUUUGUCACUUGGAUAUAAUAUUGGUUUAAGCGACGAAGGUUUGCGUACGUUGUGCGGACAAGCCUUAACAAAGGAGAAUUGUAAAGUUACAAAGUUGAACCUGUCCUGGUGCUCAUUGACGGAUCAGUGUAUACCCAUUCUGUGUACGACGUUGCAACAUGAACGUUGUAAACUUACCGAUUUGUCGAUAGGAAGUGAUAAAGGGAUAAGUGACGAAGGUUUGCGGGUGUUAUGCGAACGUGCUUUGACAAACGAGCGUUGUAAGCUAGCGAAGUUGGAUAUGUCUCAUUGUUCAUUAACAGAUCGUUGCAUUCCCGUGCUAUGUGAAGCAUUGCAAGACGAACAUUGUGGACUUUGUGAACUUUUCCUGAAGGAAAGCAUGUUUAGUUCGGCGAGCAUAAAGUCGCUUCGUGAAAUAACAACUUAUGGGGUUUGCAGAUCUAGAGGUUUGAAACUUAUAUUACACUAUAGAAGGUAGCAAAUUGACUCUAGCAAACGUCCGCUGAUAAUGGAUUAGACAAAAUUUCCAAAUAAUGAAUACUUGCCAACCUUGUAAUAUUUUAUUGUAACAUGAGAAAUCAAUGAUCUUUUAUGAGUGCAUGACCGACUUUAUGUAACGAAAAUUA